CAUAGCUACAUCCCGGAACCGACGAGCCCACACUAUACGGGACCAAUCAGCCAUGCCACACCAGAUCCGUAUGUCCACUCCGGAACUGGAGCACUUCCAGGCGAUUCGGGACUUAAGAAUACUCAAGAAGGAGGUCAAACCCCAGAACGAGUACCAGGCAAACAUACUCAACCAAACGUUGCACUUCUUCGGGUGGGCGGGUGAUCAAAGACUGGGUUCUUGGGAAAUUUCUGCCGCGAAUGCUAUUCAUGAGCUUGCCACGAUUGGGAGGGAUGUUAUGCGAAAGAUCCAGAGCGAGGAUUGGGUUACGGGACGCUCGGAAAACGUUCCUGAUCUGAUGGAGGAUCAUGGUCCUUUGACGGACCUUGAAGAACCUGCGAAUGGCUUUGAUGGUGUGGAACAGGACGAAUCGGUCUCCUGGGAAUCAAUCAAGUCGAUUAUUCCAAGUUUUGUAAAGCAAAUCAGCUUCAGCGUCGACGAGUCCGCUAUGCAGCCUGGAGACUUGGAAGACCUCCGACAGCGUUUUCCUGGCGUCACCGUCUGCCCUCCGAAGCGAAUCCCUACGCCACCUCCAGAAACGGCCGCCGAUACUCCUAAGGCUUCCGGAACAAUUGAGAAGCCUCGCGGGAUCCGCACUGCAGUGUUCAUCGUAGAUCCAAAUGAACUCCACAGGAGCACUGAAAUAGCGGCGAACGUGAAAACUCGGUUCCCAUGGGCAUCAAUUCGGAGAGGCACAGCAUCAACAGCAAAGCCGAGUCUGCUAGAUCGCAUGUCUCGCGAUGAAUUCCGUAUAAAAGUUGCUGCAUCUCCUUCCACCAGUACAGCUGAACCGGGUCCGGCGAACUCCGUAACCCUCCAUCACUCAUCGAGCGACUCGAUACCGAGCACGAUUCAAAGGGACCCGGUAGAGGACACGAUAGAUAGAGUGCAAAAGGAGACAGGGGCUGCAUUCACACAUCCUCAUGCUUUGGAAUCGAUGUAUUCGGCAUGGCUUUCCAGUCGGAAGAUGACAAAUUACUGUCCUCGAAAGGGAGUACAACUGGAGCACUACAAUCAGGUUCUCGUUGAUUUGGCCAUCAUUGCCAACCAUACUCACGAUGCCGAUCUCGAAUACUCUGUUCUUUGGAACUGGCAGAAAACGAACUACACACGGAAGGGCGACGUACCCUCGCCGUCCGCUGCAGUGAAAGCCUUCCAACACCUACCACACACGUCGGAUCUGUGCGGAUGGAUCACUGUUUUCUACUCGUAUCUCUGGACAACUAGGAAAUCUCGGAGCUACGAAUUGCUCCGAGAGGAAUGUCAGGACUGCGACCCGGAGUCCAUUGGCGCUUUUCUCUUUGAGAUAGCGGCUACGCGGUGUCCGCAGACACAAGGCGGCAAUGUGCCGGUUCUGGAGGCAUGGUGUGACUUCCACCACCAUAAGCAACCGCGCGACGAAGCAAAGUGCAAGGCCGCGAGGGACAAGGCCAUCAAAGUAUCUCUUGCACGGGAGAAACAAGACCUUGAGGCAAUCCAGCUGCAAAGGUCUACCGACAUGGUGGUAGAUCACGGCGGAGUCAUAACCUGGCCCAAGAAGCGGAAACAUGUGACUCCUCCUCCCCGUGACAUCCCGGCCAAGAGUGGGAGAAUCUCAUAG